GGAGCUAGGCUGCACCCCUGCCAGCUUUGGGGGUGCCCCCCUGCACCACUGUGGCUGACACCACCACCCCCUCCUGCCUCAUUGUGCUGUGAUGUGUGGGGCGGGGAAACUGAGGCACAGCCGUGCCCUUUUAGCGCGGCGGGCGAGCGGCAGCAGCUUUCCGGCGGCGUGCGGAGAGAACCCGAGUUUCAUCCCGGCCCGGUCCGUCCCGUCCCGUCCCAUCCCGGCCCCGCCAUGGCGCUGAGGAAGCUGCAGAAGGUUCUGAUCAGCGACAGCCUGGACCCUUGCUGCCGGGAGAUCCUGCAGGCCGGGGGGCUGCGGGUGCAGGAGAAGCCCGGGCUGAGCAAGGAGGAGCUGCUGCGGGAGAUCCGGGACUGCGAUGGACUCAUCGUCCGCUCGGCCACCAAAGUCACGGCCGAUGUGCUGGAGGCAGCGGAGAGGCUGCAGGUGGUGGGCAGAGCAGGCACCGGCGUGGACAAUGUCGAUGUGGAGGCAGCCACCAGAAAGGGUGUCCUGGUCAUGAACACACCCUCUGGGAACAGCCUCAGCGCUGCCGAGCUCACCUGCGGGAUGAUCCUGUGCUUGGCCAGGCAGAUCCCACAGGCAGAUGCCUCCAUGAAGGAGGGCAAGUGGGACCGUAAGAAGUACAUGGGCAUGGAGCUGAAUGGGAAGACACUGGCUGUGCUGGGGCUGGGGCGCAUCGGCAGGGAGGUGGCCACCCGCAUGCAGGCUUUUGGCAUGAAGACCAUAGGCUAUGACCCCAUCAUCACCCCCGAAACCUCGGCCACCUUCGGUGUGGAGCAGCUGCCGCUGGAGCAGAUCUGGCCCCGCUGCGACUUCAUCACAGUGCACACACCACUGCUGCCCUCCACCACAGGGCUCCUGAAUGACAGCACCUUCGCCAAGUGCCGCCGUGGCGUGCAGGUGGUGAACUGUGCCCGCGGUGGCAUCGUGGACGAGGGAGCACUGCUGCGGGCACUGCGGUCAGGGCAGUGUGGUGGGGCUGCCCUUGAUGUCUUCACACAGGAGCCUCCAAAGGACCGUGAGCUGGUCAACCACCCCAAUGUCAUCUGCUGCCCACACCUGGGUGCCAGCACACGGGAAGCACAGAGCCGCUGUGGCAAGGAGAUCGCUGUGCAAAUCGUGGACAUGGCCACUGGGAAGGGGCUGGCUGGUGUUGUCAAUGGGCAGGCUCUCAGCAAGGCAUUUGCACCCCAGACCAAGCCCUGGAUAGCUCUGGCCAGGGCCCUGGGCACUGUGCUGCACAGAGUGGGCAAGAAAGCACAGGGCAGCGUGCAAGUCUGCACCCUAGGGACCCCCCUGCGAGAGGCUGGGAGCUACCUGACACCCGCCGUGGCUGCAGGCAUGCUGGCUGGAGGGGCACAGAAGGAGGUGACCCUGGUGAAUGCUCAGCUGCUGGCCCAGGAGGCUGGACUGAAGGUCACAGCCACCCAUGGCGAGGUGUCCCCUGAGCCCAAUGGCAGCACCGGGGUGCUGCAGGUGGCCCUUCAGGGCACCUCACAUCAGGUGUUGGGGACAGUGCAGGGCAGCACCCCUGUGCUGCAAGAGGUCGAUGGGGCCACCUUCAAGCAGCCAGCCCCUCUGGCUGGCCCCGUCCUCAUCUACAGAGCCAAAGCCUCUGAGCCCAGCACUCUGCCCCUGCUUGCUGGGCUGCUGGGGAAGUUGGGGGUCCAGCUCCAGUCCUACCACAGCUCCAGCACAGUGGCAGGAGAGCAGUGGAACGUUGUGGGGCUCUCAGCCUCCCUCUCUGACCUCAGCGAGCUGAAGCCACAUGUCACAGAGGUCUUUCAACUCCAUCUGUAAGCCCUGACCACUGGCAAGGACUCUUCCCACGGCUGCAGCACCUGGACCCCCUCCCCAACCUGGGGAGCACAGCACCCAGCUGCCCCUGGACCCUAUGCUGGGCUUGGGGUGGUCUCAUGCUCAAUAAAGGGUCCAGGAGGAGAGGUG